GACGAGUAUGCAAAUGCUGUCAAAAACAUUUGUAGCUCAAAAUUGCCGACACGAUUCCCAACAAAAUUCAGUUCUCAUGGACGACAACAACGGCAAAAGUAGCAGCAAACACGAGGGCAAUCAUCGCUCGAAAGAUACACACGGGAAGGAAUGUGAUGGCUGCGACCUUCUGUGCACCAGUCCAAAAAACAUUAUAUUCUACGCUCCGUACGAUCGGAUCCAGAGGCGUAUACUGACCCUUACGAAUCUCUAUCCACAUCCAGUGCUCUUCAAAGUGAAGUCAAAUGCUGGGCAAACCUACCACGUCAGUCGAGCCACCGGUCUGGUCGAACCCUACAGCUCCCUGGAGGUCAACAUCUCUCUGAAUCACUUUGACUUCCGAGCCGAAUGCCAGUAUCGCCAUCACUUCUGCGUUCAGUCGAUCGUGUGCCCGUCUACUGGUGUCAAAAAGGACAGCGACUCCACUUCCAUUCUAGCCAUCUUUAAGAAGAUACCCGAAACAGAGCUUUGCAUUAGGCGCAUCAACGUUGACCUGCAGACCGCUCCCGUGGCGCCCCCAUCUAGGUCGCUGCUGGACUCUGCGGCUUUGACAAUCCGUAGGGCCUCACAGCGCGUGAUUAUCAACCAGGUCGUAGCGCUGGCAGCUCACAGCCAAAAUGAGCCUGCCAACGAGUUCAAUGAAACUCGUGCCAAUCCGACCGCUGAGUGCAAUGAUGCCAUUACCAUCAGUAACGACUCGGAGGUGAAUGAUUUGAAUAUCCGAGCGAAUAUUCGCAUAUCCUUGAACGAGUUUCCAGAGACGUAUCAGAUAAUCUUACUGGGCGGAGCCGUUGUGGGAGUUAUACUUAUAGUUAUAAUGAAUCCUGACGAGAUAGAUACGCUUUUAAACAUGCUCAUGGGCUUCGUCAGCUCCAGAGUACUAAACACUUCAGCGGGCUCAGAGUCGAAUAGCUACGACACAAAGACUGCUCCUCCCACCAGCUGCCAGAAUAUGCCAGAUGGUGCUCCGUGUCAUCAAGAAUAAUGUUUCAAUUUAUAUAUUGGUUAAUUAAAUUCCAGAUUUAAGCUGUGCACAAUAA